CUCACACGCACACCAUCAUAUCUCAAAUCUGCACUCGUCGUUGAACGGGAAGGCUCUGCCAGCCUUCUCUAUACAUACAGAGGAUCUUACCAUUUUCUGACUUAGCCUACAGAUACAGACCAUGGACACCCACCCUUUUUCUAUAGAAAGCAUUCUGAAGAAGCCCUAUGCUAAGAAAGUCGAAGAAGAGUCAAAAACGCAGCCUUCAAACUCCAAAGAGGCGCUAUCAUUAGCUGUAAAGCUGGCUGGUAAGUUUUAGUCUAACACAGGCAAAUGUAAGUGAAUUAAACCAAGUCUUAAGCGUCGUUACAAAUGUUUGUUGGCAAGGUUGCGAGGAAAGCCUUUGGAUAACACUGCCUUGUUUGGUAAUGUAAUUUAUAAGAAAUGUCUCUGUCAGCAGUGAUGUGGGAAGUUUUGAUAAACCAUCUUUUAGUUCACAGACAACUCGGGUGGAGACGGAAACCUCCUUUUUUCGCUGAAAUUAAAUGUUCAUAGACCUUAGCUCGUUAAAUUGUUUUACGUAGAUUUCACAUGUUAAAGGAAACUUAUUACUAGUCGCCCGUUCGAAUACCUUUAACGGAAUAACCGAGGAAACUGUCCAUACCAUUAAAUGGGGUAAUCCACUCUAGCUCAUCAAGACAUUAGGUAAUGUGCACAAAGAGCGGUUGCAAUAAAGUACAAUGGAAAAUUAAACUUGUUGCUAACAACGCAAGACUGAGAGGUCAGGUUGGACGGCACCAAACACGUAGUUAAUGCAAACAAGAUAACAAGGCGUCAAGAGGUUUCAAAAUAAUUUACAUUCACUCGUAUGUCUCUUGUUGAUGUACAUGAGGCAGGUGAGAAACCGUUGCCUGAAUAAGUAAGGUAUACGCUGUAAUCUAUGGCCUUUCCGCCCUUCGAAAUUGAAAUCGAUGUGUGUGUUAUCUGUAUAAGCUGUUCCUUUAAAGUUAAACAGACGGCAAUCUUGAACAAAGCAUUGAUCAAAGUGAAAGCUCAUGUUUUGGUGAAAAUCUGCUGAUUUCGUGACCCCCCUCUUACAACCCCUGCUUAUCAAAUGACUGAGGGUAUUCUUGUUUGUCUUCUUGGCGCCGGCUAGAGAUUCAAGAUCUAGAUAAGACAAUACUAUGGAGAACAAAAUGAAAUAAUGUUCCACUUUAGGACCAUAAAGAAACUAGAUACCCUUUUAAGAAUUUAGAAGCCACUUCGUAAAGCCACAGUGACUUGCAUCUGCGAUCUCUACGCUGAUGUCUCCUCUUGAUUCUCUAUGGAAGUGGGUACUCAUUUUUUGACCACUGAACCACAUUGACCGUAUGAUGUAUUUCCUCUCUUACCUGGUAGUUCCCCCACACAAAAAACCAAAUCCCGUUUGUUUUCGGGCAAAGAAACUUGGUUGUGUUCAAAAGCAUAAGUGACUGAUAAUACCGUAACCAAAUUUUAUAAUAAGCUCUUGAUUCUGAUCCUGUUACCUUUGGUAGUUUUUCAGAGAGAGGAUAGGAGAGUUGCACUCACACUGUUCUGGGUGGUUUUGGUGGUCCCCUCGUUGAAGCACUUUUCUUAACCCUUAAACAAUUUGAGUUUUGGCAUUCGCGAGGCCUAGCUAGUAAUAUAAAUUGUUGGGUUUUUUUUUAAAGUGCUUGCCGCGUUUAACAAUUUCCCAUAGUAACAAGGAACAGACUGAGAGAAAAAAACCCGCGUAAGGAUCGGAAACCAAACCUUAGGAGAUUGUAGCCAACUCCCUGUUCAGUGUUGUUGUUGUUGCUCCUGUUUAUAUUUUUUAAAAUUUUUUUCUUCUUCAGCUGCGAAUUAUUAGAUAAAAGGGAUGGUUGGGUUUUACAAGCCACCCCACGAGAGCGGCAGAUGUUGAGCCUCAGGGACGGCCUGCUUGAAAACUGUUGUCAGACACAGGGGGAAUACACGGACCAGUUUGACAUUACCUGAAGCUAGAUGAAUAUCUAGGGUCUCAUCAAGCAGAAAAAGGAAUUUAGACCUUUACAUCAAAUGUAGCUAGAUAAGCGAGAAUCCAAGAUUCAAUCUUUCACUGACUCUGUCGGCGCGCAUUUGGGAAUGAAAACAAUUUAAUCUUGUAAAUUAUGAGGGUACAUACCUUAAAAUAAACUGACUAAAUGGCUGCUGAUGGAUGCUGUCGGAGAAACAAGACUUCUAAUGAAUCAAAAUUUCAUAGGGUAUGGUUAAAAAGGGAAAUGCUUUCCCUAAUUCUUUAAUCCUCUGCGACGAGAAAGGCUAGCUUAAAUGGCGUUGUUGAAGCUUAAGCUUGUUUGUAAGCGCAUUUUAUGCGGAACUCAUCACAUUUGGUGAGAAGACGUACCACAUUGGAAUCCAAUACACGGAAAGAUAAGUUGGGACUGGCCCAACCAGCAAGCGCCAAAAUGUUAUUGUGACGGGCGUCUCGAUGCAAAUUUGCAUCAACGGCACUAACAACUUAACUGUGGGAUUAUAAUCGAGCUGAAAUUUUCCACGAUAGUUCAUUACUUAAAACGCUACACAAAUCUACACAACGUUUAAAAUGGAGUCUGCGAAAAAAAAAAUCGAAAGUAUGAAAUUCAAUUUGGCUUAAUUACUUUUACAGCUGCUGAAUUCGAGCAAGGGUAUCGUAUUUGUAAGAUAGCAGGCAUGUCUAUCCAUUUUACCAAACUGCGCCUUAAUGCUGUCUCACUAAUGAUUACCUCCUCUUAGAUGUCAUAUUGGAAGCUCAACAAGAGACUACCCGCCGUACACCUCGACGCACGCGGACUGCCUUUACGCAUCAGCAGUUGGGAGUCCUGGAACAAUUUUUCAAUAAAACACAUUAUCCGGAUGUAGAAUUAAGGGAAGAACUUGCUGCAAAGACCAAUUUGCAAGAAGGCAGGAUUCAGGUAGGUUGAUAAAUUGAUGAUUCAGUAUUUUUCAGUUUUUAUCUCUUUGUUCAUUAUCUGCUGCACGAGAAAAUGAGCUGGGCAAGAAAAUUAGGAGACAGACUAUCCCUUGAAAGGGACGAGGACAUCCUUGUCGUUUCUCUUGGAGUGCAAAUCCUGGAUUUUGGUUUCAAUUUACGUGCUCAGGAUCAUACGUCAGACAAAUCGUAGAUAACUUCUUAGAGGGAGGCGAGGAUUGAAAAUUUCCCUUUUGGAAUAAAACCUCCAACCAUUACAGUGAUAGCCUUUAUCAAGAUCCUCAUCAUCAUCCCAAAUUAGUGCCGGUAGGCACAGGGCAGGAUGCAUCAAUUAAUCCUUGGAUAAAACUUCUCAAAAAGACUUUAAAAUACUCUUUCAAAUGAAUUCCCUACUUGAACUGAAAAUCCGUUUGCAGUAACUAGCAUAAGCGAACCCCACGUUACAAGCUAAACGAUUUGUGUUCUUUUUCAGGUUUGGUUUAAAAAUCGACGGGCUAAAUUUCGAAAGGAGAAAGGAAAAUUUACAUCAGAAGUGGGCCUUAGCAGUAAAAGCGAAGACGAGAUUAUUCAAAACAUAUCUCAGGUAAUACAAGCUCAAGAAGCGCCAUGUUGUUUCCAGUGUAACAUGUCAUUACCGCACUACUGCAUCUGUGGUGAUCCCGAGGAAGCCGUGAAAAAUUUCCACAGGAUUUCUUCUAGCAUGUUCUCUCCGUUUGCUACUCAUGCUCAUUUGACGCACGUUCAUGGCCUUCAUUGCUGUCCGAAUGGCAGUCAUGAAGGAUUAAGUGCAGGGUAUUUCGCGAGGAUGAGGAAGAUGAAGAAGAGAAGAGACUGGAGCGUUGGGGAACACUCCGCACUUUAUUCCUUGUGACUAAAAAAGUGAAAAGUCUUUAGAAGGAAAACGUCGUUGAAGGAUUGUACGAGCGACCAAUAAGAGCCAAAGUCGUUUGCUGAUGACGUGAUAUUAGAAUUUACGUCAAAACACCUUUCAAAAUCAACCAAGUAGGAAAUUCUUGUCCCUCCGGACUGAGCAAAUAUCUGGGAGAAGUGAAUGAAAGAUAGUAUAGUGUCCAGCGUGGAUCCGGUGUCGAUUUUAAACGAGAGAUUUGAGAAUUAAAAUGCUUUUAGUUCCUUCUCUUCAACUUUUUUUUUUUUUUUUUUUUUUUUUUUAACUUAAGGACCCAAACCUUACGAUUAUUGAAUACACCGCACACCGAUUACCAUUACACAGAAGCUUAGACCUCAGUUUUGAUGUUCAGAAUUUUCCAUCUUAACUCUGUAGAUCACCACGCCUUUAUUAAUCUUGUUGUAGUUUAAAGAUCUAAAGGUCCGAAUUCUGUCGGAAAAAGCUGGCUUUUUUGAAGUCCUCCUAUCGUACACGUUAGUAAUUUAAUCUUUGAAAAUACAGAUAACGGAAGAACACACGAGAACAAGAGAGUGAAACUGACCAUGAUUUAUGGCUUAGUAAGGCACCUAGCAUUGAGCUCUUCCGGUGUUAAUACUUUUAACCCGGUGUUAGAGAAAAGUUAUAUCACUCCCUAUAACCUAUCAUUAGGGCAUCAAUGGAUUUUUCCAUUUUUCACGACUUGACAAUUUAUGAAAUCGAUAUUCAUGGAAACUGAUCUAGUGCGAACAAAGGAC